AUGGCAGACAGUGUGUCAAGUUUUUGGGGCCCUGUCACAUCUACGCAUGAGUGGUGUGAACCAAAUUAUGUCUACUCGUCCUACAUUGCAGAAUUUUUCAACACAGUUUCCAUUGUUCCUGGCAUCCUUUUGGCACUCAUUGGUCUUCUGAAUUCAUUGAGACAGCAUUUUGAGAAAAGGUUUAGCGUCCUUCACAUAUCAAAUGUGAUACUUGCUAUUGGCAGCAUGCUAUAUCAUGCUACACUGCAGCGGCUGCAACAGCAAGGUGAUGAAACGCCGAUGGUGUGGGAAAUGCUCCUUUACAUUUACAUCCUUUAUUCACCCGAUUGGCACUACCGGAGCACGAUGCCCACAUUUCUUUUCCUUUACGGUGCUGUAUUUGCGGUUGCACAUUCUCAGCUCCGUUUUGACAUUGGUUUCAAAGUGCACUAUGUGCUGCUUUGCCUUCUUUGCAUCCCGAGGAUGUACAAGUACUAUAUUCUCACGGAGGACAGGUCGGCUAAGAGGCUUGCAAAAUUGUACCUUUUGACGCUUUUGGGUGGGAGCAUUUGCUGGCUAGUGGACCGCUUGUUCUGCAAGGACAUCUCGCGCUGGUAUUUCAAUCCGCAGGGUCAUGCACUUUGGCACAUUUUAAUGGGCUUCAAUUCAUAUUUUGCCAAUACUUUCCUCAUGUACUGCCGUGCUCGCCAACGUGAGUGGAAUCCUAAGGUGGAACACUUUCUCGGCUUUUUCCCUUAUGUUAAGAUUCACAAACCCAAGGCACAAUAG